AUGAAGGCACAGGCCAAACUUCACCAUGCGGUAGCAGUACGCAACAAUGCGAAAUUCGAAGAAAAGGACAGAGAAAUGCUGAAUGAGAUAGAAAAAGUCUCUUCUGUCCACGUUCGCCAACAACUCCAAGAGCUUUGGAAGAAUGACUGUAAAAAGCAAGAGGAAAAAUCCCAAAACCUGUGGGAAGUAAAGAAAAGUUGGUUUAAGAAAUUCGAAGACAACGAAGAAAAUAUCGCCAACUCGGAGGAUGCGGCACCUACCCCGCCAACAAACCAAGAUCAAAGGCGUGGAAAGCGCAGAAAUGCGAGACAACCGCCAAAGAGACGGCGAAACAACAGCCGCCCCAGAAAGAACAACCAAAACUUCAACAACGCAAGUGACAGGAACAGAGAUACCGCUAAUAGUAGAAAUAGUGGCAACAGAGUCUCGCAACAACGAAGAAAGAAGGGACAACAGCGAAACUCAAUUCAAAAUAAUUGUCGACAAAUAAGUCGACCACAGGAAAGGAACUCUAACCAUAACAGUGGAAACAACCGCAGGGUUCGUAACAAUAAUCGUACCAGUAAGGAUAAUGAUAGGAGCACCGGUAGGUCAAAAUACAACCGGAGGCCUUUUUUAGGGCAGGGCCGGUACAGCAAUCCGAAUCAAACAUGAUUUCGGAGCUGUCUAGGGAAAUGACAAGUGAGGAAUGUUUCUGCAAUUUAAAGAUAGUGAAUCUGUCUUCUAAAGAACUUACAGAAGGGCAGAUCAAACUUUUAUCGAAGGUUCUUAAGUUUACUCCGACUCCGAAAAAAGACAUGUGUGAAAUUAGCGCCGAUAUACAAAACUUCUGCACGAAGUUACGGAAAAAGGAAUUUUUCGAGGAUAAAUCGGACGCUUCAGACACCGACGAAAGUCUGGCGAAAAAUAAAAGUAACUUCUGCCCUCCUAGAAACAGAAACAUUACCCUAGACAAUUACAUAGAUUUCCUCACGAAAUUUCCACUUGAAGAAUUACAAGUGAAAGACAUCAAACGUUCCAAUUUAACCAAAGAGGAACAAAAUGCCCUACAGGAGCUUAGGGAGGACUCUGAAAUACUUAUCUUCGAAGCUGACAAAGGAGGGGCAGUCGUAGUUAUGGACCGCACAUACUACGCCGAUAAAAUACUCGAAAUGCUGAAUGACUCACAAACAUAUGAGGAAAUUACCGCGAACAAGGACAAAGUCGUUAUGAAACUUAUGAAGGAGUUAGCAGGUAAUCAGAGUCACAGCCUUACGGAGAAAGAGGUUAACUACCUCUGUCACUUCGAUUUUAAAACCAGUGGUUUCUACGGCCUUCUUAAGAUACAUAAAAGCAAGAUCAUUUGUCAGGAAGCCAAAGUCCAAAAGAAACCAUAUAUCAGAGUUCUCAGGCCUGCAGAUCUCAAAUUUAGGCCCAUAGUAGCUGGUCCUAGAUGUCCAACGAGUAGACUCAGUAACUUUGUAGACAUCCUUAUCAAGCCGUUUACUUUACAUGUCCAAAGUUAUCUGAGGGACACUAUCGAUUUCCUCAAUUAUUUACCAAGGAUAGUACCUGAAACUACAAUAUUAGUCUCCUUUGACGUGACCAGCUUGUACACAAACAUCAACCACGAACUCGGCGUAAAGGCCAUGGAA